GUAGAACUGUUGUGUGCAGUGAACCCAAAGAAAUAGGCAGGAAUUAGCUUCCUUACAAGCUCUUGCUUGAAAUACUUUGUUUCAACCAACUUUCUUUUAUGUUUCAGAAAAAUGUCUGGAGCUGAUGACUUUUCGUUGGCAGAUGCUUUACCGGAUCAUUCACCUGCUAAAACCUCCAAUGUGAGCAAUGCAAAAGCUGGUCAACAACCUAGUCAACAACCACAAGGCUGGCCAGCUUCCAAUCCUUGGAACAGCCCAAGUGCUCCACCGACAGGCCCAUCUGGAUUGCCACCAAAUACAUCCGCUUCCAGCGUGCCAUUUGGACCGCCCCCGACAGGAAUGUAUCCUUCAAUGCCCCCUGGACCGCCUGCUCCAUUUCCACCUCCUCCUACUGGACCCUCUUGCCCUCCUCCCAGUGGUCCAUAUCCACCCCCAUCUGUGCCAGGUCCUGUCCCACCUGGGCAAUAUCCUCCACCAAAUAUGCCCUUUCCAGAGCUUCCAAGACCAUAUGGUGGUCCAACAGAGCCAGCUGCACCUCCUGCUCCUGUUGGGCCAUGGGGAUCCAUGCCCUCUGGAGCAUGGGGAUCAACAAUGGGAGGGCAGUAUCAUGCACCUAGUAUGCCAUAUCCACCCCCAGGGCCAUAUGCCACUCCUACCCAGACGCCAGGGGCUGCACCUACAGUGCCAUGGGGUACUGUCCCACCUGGAACAUGGGGACCUUCACCACCAGGUCCAUUUCCACCACCCACAGGAUCAUAUCCAGCUCCAGGACUAUAUCCUACACCCCCUAAUCCUUUUCAAGUGCCAUCUGGUCCUGCUGGUGCUCCAUCAAUGCCUGGUGGUCACCAUCCUUACCGUUGAAUUCAUGCUGGGCAACAAAGUACUGUAGCUUUCCACCUUCAUCCACUAUUUACAGAGAUUUUUAAAUUUUUUGUUUCAGUAACUUUUGGAGAAUUGUGAAGCGCACUCGCCUCUUGUAUGUACUUCUGAGGUAUGAAAGAGCAAUCUGCAUAAAUUUAACUUGCUCAUAUGCUGGCAUCUUUUGUUUUAUUAAAGUGAAUUAGGAUGAACAGACCAAGCCAAAUCCUGUGUUUUUUACAUAAGGCAGAGUUUCCUUUGGGGGAAAGAGAGAGUUGCCAAGUGAGUAAGGAUUACAGGAUCAGGCUUACUGAAAAGUUCAACAUAAAGUGUCAGUGAAUGCUUUAAGUUUUUUUUAUCAGAUUUGUGGUGGUCACUAAAUGGAUGGAUAGUCAUAUUUUGUCUAUUUUCAGGUUAUUCCAGAAUAUUGGUAAAAACAAUAGGCUUUUUUUGAGAUUUCUUUGUGAAGUCUCAAGUAUUUUUAAACAUGCUACAGUAAUUCAGCAUACUAAAGAGAAAUGAAGCAUGUGAAUUUGAAGGCAUUCUCAGCAUAUAUAUAAAUACACACACUCAAGCACAGUUUCUCUUGGAUUCUGGGACUACAGCUGAGCAGUUAAAAGGCAGAAGUCUUAGUCUAACACGUUUGCACACCUGUCCACAUUUGCGAGCAGGCAUUUGUGUGCAAAUCAAGUAGCUGGAUGUGCAGUUCAAUCAAUUUAAAUCCACAAAUGUGAGGUUUGUACGUGAAAAUGAGGGUAUCAUUUUGCCAGCCCAAAAUUAAUAGUAGUGACUGGAAGUUUUGCUUGUUCUCCCUUUAAAGAUAAACUGCUUCCAACUGGGAGAUAAUCCUUUCUCUUAACUUGGGUUCUAGCCAUCUGAAAUUUGGCUUUGCUGCCAAGAUGUAUAAACUCAAUUUGCAUGUUUGAAAAUUAAGCCUGAGUUCAAAUUAAUGUAGUCCAGUGGCUUUUGACAUUCCCACAUAGUCCUUUCAUCUAGCUAGAUCAUUAGAAUACAUCUCUCUUCAGCCAUAUUUUGGAAAUGAGCUGGUUUUAUGUCAGAGCUCCACUGAACAUAGUAACUGGGUAGUCCCUUUGUUCAUACCUAGGUGUAUGUUGUACCUUACUGAAUGACCUGCUCUUAGGUGGUUUUAAUUGAAUAACUAAGAUUCUGCAUUCUGUGUCUUUCAUCUGGAUGAUCACUGCUGUCCAUUUCAUUCUGACAGAGAAUCUUUAGGGAAUUACCAUGAAGAUAGUUUUGCAUUACCAAGACAUUGUUCACUAAGACUUGGGCUCUUUUAAAUUUAUCAUGGUACUUUGAUUACCUAGACUCUUGGACCAUGCAGAAGUUAUUUGAUCUCAGCUAGGGAAGUCUUAUUUAGCCUCUGUUGGUGGAAUUAAAAAACAGAAUUAGUAAUACAUCAGCUCGUUAAGAAAUCCCUUUGCAUAGUGGAACUGUGAAAUCAAGGUACCUUUCUCUUCCCUCCCUUCUUAUGGACUCCUGCAUGCUCAGAGUAGUGGACUUUUAAAAAUAAACUUAGUGGCCCGAUAGUGACGUUGGAAACAGGCUUAGCCUCCAGGAGCAGAAUUGUACUGAAUAGCACCACCUGUGAAGGAAUGGUGGCCAUUCCAGCAUACUGACCUGAGGUCUGAUAAAUAGCCAAGGUAGGUAUGUUUUUAAACUAGGUAGGCAAUAUUGGUUGAUCACAAACUAAGACUUGUCCCUAAUAUUCAGCAUAAAUCAUAGAAUCUAUGAACACUGGAAAUCAGAACCAGAAGAAAUAUUUUUAAAUAGGAUCUUUCAUAAAUUUAAUGCAGCAUGCUAUUCCUAUAGAAUGUACACUUCAAAAAUUCACUGUUGAAUGGGCUUAAAUUUCUCCAAGACUCAUGACUUUGUACACGUGACUAGCAAACCUGCUUUGACUGCAUCUGCAUUUGACAUCUGCAGCCUUAGUCUGUACAUUAAGCUAUGUUUUCCUUAGCUCAUUUAAAUGAAUUGAUCCUAUAGUUUCAACACCGUGGAUUGAACAUGUACUGGUCUAGGUCUGUUUGUAGGAGAAGGGCCAGAUAUAGCAAAUACAAACUAGGUGUAGAAAUGAUUUUAAAUUGGGAUUAUCAAAAGUAAAUAAAAUAGAUGUCUGGGUUCUUCCCGGAAUAGGCAGGAUUUGUUAUUGGAAAGGUUAGGCUAAAAUUCAGAUAUAUGGGACACUUUUAAUGUAUAUUCAUAUUGCUUGAAGUCAUGAAAACUGUUUCAUAUCCCCUUUGUUUUGUGAGCAAGGUUCCUUGCAUAGCAGUGAAAGGGUUUUACCUGUUAAUCUAUUGUGUAAAAGCUCAAGUUGUCACUAUGUACUGUGUAGUAACUUUAUCACAUGUAUUGUCAAGUGUGAGCAACUUCUGGCCUGAAGCUUUUGCGAUGGAAUUUGUAAAUUUCUAUGCAUCAUUUAAGUUAAAUUGCUGAGAAGUUUGUUUUGACUUGUGCUUUGAGAUUGACAUUCUGCAUUUGUUUACAAUAUUAAAUAUAAGCAAUCACACCUUAAAAGUAUAGACUAUCACCUGCUGCUGUAUUUUCUUUAGAUGAGACAAAUAUUGCUGUAUGAUAGUGAAAGGCUAUAAAAACAGGAUUUGAUAUUUUUUUGAAAAUGCUGUCACUUUUGUAUAAGAUUAGACAUUAAACGUAUUUUCAAGACUGA